AUGCGCACAUGAUAUUCACGACCUUACCAAUAUGGCUACAAGUUCCGCUAAAAUGGCGCUAGAGUGGGAAUACUCGACCUGCUUAGUAUGGUAGCAUCACACGUCUGCAUAACAAUGAGUGACCUUCUCAAGAUGGCGUAAUCCAUCCGGGUUCUCACUGAGUAGCCCAGUCGCCUGAACAGUAUGGAGACCGAAUCUGGGGAAAAGAUCGCUGACCGGACUCCCCUCAGCCUUUUUGAGCUAAGCGGGGCAGUGGUCAGCUCCGCCAUGAGACACGUGGAGAAAGAGGUUUGGGCACUUCCAGGUCCAGUACUUCAGGGAAUAUUACCACUGCUUAACAUCUACUACCUGGAACGAAUUGAGGAGACGGCUGUGAAAAAAGGACUCUCAACCCAACCUAUAUGGUGCAAGCUGUGGUUUGACAUCAUGAAAACAAGACCUUCUAGAUUAGAGAGCAUCAAGUGUUGGAGAAAAAGGUUUCUUGAAACUUUCUUUUCAAAUGUGCUGCGUGGAAUCCUGGACGUGUCUUCACACCAGCGUCUAAGGGAUCCUUGCUUUUUGCCCCUGCUACACACUUCACAGCAUGUUACCCAGCUUUCCAUCUACAACAUGCUUGAGGGCAUAUCAGAGCUCAUGGCCAAACACAAUCAGGGUGUCCUGGAAAACUUAGCUGUCUCCCUCAGAUCCUUGACAUUCCGUCACCUCCUCUCCUCCAGUCUUUCUUCAAGGCAACAGUUGAGUUUGUUCCUUCAUCGCCUAAUUCAUCAUGGGGCUGUGAACCACCUCUCUAUGUAUUCUUGGCCUGACCCUGACCCAGCACUUUUAGCCCUCAUUCUCAAAAUGAGUGCUGGGGUUUGGCACCCUGGAAAAUCACUGCUGAACCAAGAAAACCUUUGCCAUCUCUGUAGAGAGAAAUGUGUUGACCAGAGCCAAGAGCAUAAGCCCCCUUGGGGUUCAAGGCAGCUGUUUCAUAGAUCAGCAGCUGCCUGGCAUAACAAUAGUGAUCUGAGGAAUGAGAAACUGUUGCCCACAGUGUCACAAGAAUCUCUUCUGGGCUUUGAAAAUGCUGUAGAGUUGGCCAGAACUAGCAGCAAGACUCUUAAAGUACCGAUCAGAUGCAGGUUGGGUAGCCAAAACAGAAUGCAGCACAGUUCAUGUUCAGAGAAUUACAGUGCUGAAGAGGGACCUGCCAGCUUUAUCCCAGCAAAAACAGUUCAUGAUAGCCCUGCUUCAGAAAAACGACACACGAGGGACAAGGCUGUAACAGCAAAGAAGCGCAGCUGCCGUUGGAGGACCAGCAAAGCCACUACAGAGUCGGACGAUCUUUAUGACUUUGUUUUUGCAAUUGCGAGGAAAAAGGAGGAGAAACCACUGCGUAGCAAAAGAAGGAAUGCCAAGGAGGAAAAGGAUCAUGUUAGCAGUUCCCUUUUCCCACCAGAGUCUGCCAGUGGUUCUGGUAUUGUUUGCUCAGAGGGAACCCAAUCUGUUGGGACCACUUUUCUGAAAACACCUGGCCACUUUCGAAGUGUGUCCACACUGGAAGUGUUCUCCAUCUCUCUGACCAUGAAUACAUGCCAGAUGCUGGGGAACCUGCUGAGCUCUUGGGUGUCUUUAGAAAAACUUGUUCUGUCUUUGAAUGGCCUAGGACCCGGCAUCUUCAGUAUCCUCUCUGGGCUUCGGGCCCUGUCCCACCACAAUGACUACCGCCUCCGCGUGGUGCGCAUCAGUGACAUGUUCUCACAUGUCCCCUGCAUGAAUCUUGUUCACUCCUUUUUGAGUGCUGUUCCAUUGCUUCAGACCCUCUUGGUCAGCUUUGAUCUCAAAACCUCAACAGAGCGAGGCAGGCCAGAAAAGAGCUUGGACUCAUCAUCCUUAGAAGAAGAAAUUCCAGAGAGCCACCUGGAGCAUCUUGAAAUCAGAUUCCCCAGAGAACCUCUUCAAACAAGUCUCCUGAUACCUGUGUUAAAGGCCUCAAGAUCUCUCCAGAGCCUCUCUCUAGACAGCGUUGCAGUUUCCUGCCCCCAAGAGGUUGGGCUUCUCCUGCAUGCACUCAAAGAGUACAGCCCAAGCCUAAAGAAGUUAAGCUUUCAUGAUGUCAAUCUUUCUGGCCACUCAAAAGAAGUCCUCUUUCUGUUACAAGACCCUAUCCUUCAAGAAAUCACGUUUUCAUUUUGUCGUCUGUUUGAAAAUUGUACUGCUGAGCUCCUGUCUGAAAUAAUAGAUGUUGUGAAGAAAAACUCAACGUUGAAGAGCCUCAGACUCCCUGGAAAUAGACUGGGAAAUCACAGGCUUGUUGCCCUGGCAGACAUUUUUUCUGAAGAUUCAUCCUCAUCCAUCUGUCAUCUGGAUGUAAGCUCCAACUGUAUCAAACCUGAUGGACUCCUGGAGUUUGCCAAGAAGCUGGAGAAUUACAUAGCCCAACGUGGAGAACAAAUCAAGUUUAUCAAGCUGUGCCUGUAUCAGAACUGGCUGGACCAAGAUACUGUAACUGCUCAAGAGGCUCUUUGGCGGCUAAAAGCUAUGUGCAGUGUAGUCAGUGACACAUGGGACUCAUCUCAGGCCUUUGCCGACUAUAUCAGUGUGAUGUGAUGUGCACUUAUGGGACAAUAUCUUCUAAUAAAGCUGGCUAGUUAAUUUACUAGGAUUCAGCUUUCCUGCUUUUGUCCUAGACUGGUGCAAUUAGAGCUGGGCUUAUUUUUUUGUAAGUAAGCAUAUUUUUAUAGUCAGUAUUACUUUAGGGAAAAUAGUAAGAACAGAACUUUCAAACAGCUAGAGUGACUUAUUAUGGGGAAUGUAAUGGUUGCAGUAAAUUGGUGGUACUAUAAAAAGGAAAGUAGUUGUUGCAAGAGUACCUUAGGCUGCAGUCCGAUGAAGGUCCUUUUGAAUUCAGUAGGACUUACUUCUGAGUAGACAUGAACAGGAUUACAUUGUUAGUUACUACUAGUUAAAUUUCCCCCAGGUACUUCUAGUACUUUAUUAGCAUUUAGAACGUUUCUCCCUCUACAGAAACAUAAAGCUUUCAGUCAUACCUAAGUAUGCACUGUUUUAUAGACUUCAUACGUUAGGAAAAAACAAGAUUUCCAAAAUGAUUAUAUGGGAUAGUAAUAUCUGUUCAGGCCUCAUUUCUAGAUUCCUCCAAAAGUGGCAUUGUCAAAAUGAGUGAUUUGAGGGUAUUUCGCUAAGCCCUCUUGUUUUCUCAGACUUCAUGAUACCAGGGGCUUUCUAGCACUGAUCAGAGGACAAGUGUUAAAAGCCAAAAAGUUCUUAAGAAAUAAUUCUUGAUAUUUGUAAGAGAAUUAUUAAAUACCUGCUUGUCCAA